AUGCUUCGUUGUCUUGUUCUUCUUCUCAAUUUCUGUUUACCACUUUCCCUGGCUCUGUCUGCACAAUUGAUCCCGCCUAGAACAGCUUACGAUGACUUCAUUGAUGUUAUCAGGACUUCAGAUGACUGUAUGAUACUAUAUCAAUAUAAACUUUUUGGAUUACACCAAACCAAUAGAACAGUACAUGCUGCGACUGUUCAGAAGGAUUUGUGGGAGAAAUAUCUGGAAAUGCGCCACAAAGGAUUCCCUGACGACUUCAUCGAAUCAGUAUUGAGUGUAUAUUGUCAGGCCAAAAGUUAUGUUCCAAUGGCAUUGAAUUUAUGGAAGCCAUCAGCCGAUUUGACUGGAAAUUUCACAUGGGACUUGACGACGGACGCACCGGAAAACGAUUUUUAUCAGCAUGCAAAAGAAGAAGAAAAAGUUCUUUUGGAGCAUUUCGAGGCGCGAAAAAACAUUCGGAAAGCAUUGGAUGCAGCAACGGCAAAAGAGAACAAAGUCUUGAAUUUAGACUCUGAUAUCAGACAAGUAUGCCGAGUUGCUGCAUUCAUUCUUGUCAUCAGUCUUGCUAUGAGUAUUCAUAACUUUCUUCGAAUGUUUUAUGCGGAAGAAGAGGAAGAUUUAGAGGAUGACUAUCUGAUUCAAAGAUUCGGAAUACUUGGAGAAGUGAUACAAAUUGUGGUACUCGCGACUUGUCUCACCAGUAUUCUUAUUUACAUGAAUAAUGAUAUUCCUCAAUAA